UCAUAACUUCAAUAUUGUUCCCAGGCGCGCCACUGCCAUUGUAGCCUAGAGCAAAUGACCUACCCUGGAUUACUUCAGCAAAUAUUCACCUAUAUAAAUGGACUGUACUGUAUGUAAAGAAUGCAAACUGUGUGCGUUACUGUGGAUAAUAGCAUCAGCCAAAUGGAAAAAGCAUUUUGUGCAAACAACGUAAAAGCACUUGAGCAAGACUGUACUUCAGUGUUUGUUUUUUACCACUGAAAACGAACAUUAUCAUCAUCAUGAUCAUCGCAGUUUAUUAACUCGUGUUAGAUGAUUACUCAUAACUGAUAUGUGCACUUAAAAAGUCAGUCUUGUUCCUUUUUUUCCAACAGUCUCCAGACCUGAGUUACCUGCACCUUCCCUAGCCGAGCAUGCGCAUUGGUCCGCCUGUCCCUUGCAGCAGUCCAAACCUGGAUCACCUUGCACCCAUUAUGGCUAAUAUAUUCCUGGAUCAUUAUCUUAACCCAAUUACCAAAGUGUCUGUGUUCCACUUUCACAGGACAUACACGCGCGCGCGCGCGCGCAGGCCUAUGCACACACUUGCAUACAAUUACGCUCGCCGUGGCGAAAAGACAGGGUACGUUCGGAUCCUGGUUCCUUAUCCGGGGACUCCCUCUAACGCCGCGAUUGGGCCGCUGCAUCACGUGGUUAAAGUAACUUUACAGGGUCGCUCGCUAGUAGGAGGGCUUUAUGGAGCAGAAAAACGACAAAGCUAGAAAAAUUAUUUUCCACUCCAGAAAUUAAUGAUCAUGAGCUCGUAUUUGAUGGACUCUAACUACAUCGAUCCGAAAUUUCCUCCAUGCGAGGAAUAUUCGCAAAAUAGCUACAUCCCAGACCACAGCCCCGAAUAUUACAGCCGCACGAGGGACAGCGGCUACCAGCAUCAUCACCAGGAGUUGUAUCCUCCGCGAGCGACAUACCAGGAGCGCCAAUAUAACUGUGCAAGCAUCCCCGAGCCUGACACCCAACGAGGGCAUGGGCUACCCCACUCUGGGCACCUGCUUGCGGGGAAAGGGCAGCCAGCGCCGUGUGAGCCCCCACCACUACCCACUUCCCCCUCCACCCCUUCGACCGCGUCCUCCACCUGCAACCAGGCUGCUCCGGAGCUUCCAAACAGCACAGCCUCCGCCAAGCAGCCCGUCGUGUACCCCUGGAUGAAGAAAAUUCACGUCAGCACCGUGAACCCCAAUUACAAUGGAGCGGAUCAAAAGCGGUCUCGGACUGCUUACACACGCCAGCAGGUCUUAGAAUUGGAGAAGGAAUUCCACUAUAACCGCUACCUAACUCGGCGAAGACGCAUCGAGAUCGCUCAUUCCUUGGUACUCUCCGAACGACAGAUCAAAAUUUGGUUUCAGAACCGCAGGAUGAAAUGGAAAAAAGACCAUAGGUUACCAAACACCAAAGUAAGAUCUUCAUCCAGCACGGGCGCCUCCACCGGGUCCAACACAACAUCAUCAGCCGGCGCUGUGGCGGCAACCGCGGCUGCAAACACCAUCGCAGCUUCCGAUGAACUCUCCCGGAUGUCUGGAGCCGAGCGUGGCGAGGAUAUUACAAGGUUAUAAGACAUAACUUUCAAGAGAAGGAGGGGGAAAGACUGGUUAUUUAUAGAAUAUAAUAUAUUUUGGUUCUUCGUAGAUUUCUUGUGCGUAAAGAAAGAAAGAAAAAGCAAACACAAACAAAAAGGUCUUCCUUUAAGUCCACAGUUAUAUAAAAUGCAUGUUAUAUAGCAUGGAUUAUCGCGAAUACCUAUGGAUUGUUUUUACGCUACACAGGGUUUAAUUUAUUGGACAUUGGAAAUAAGAGAAUGAUUUUUUGAGGAAAAAUGUUUCGGAUAAAGGAAAAAGAAUGGCGUUUUUCUCCAAAUGUUUUGUGGACUACUCGUUGGCCCACUCGCCUAGGUUAAAUGCACAAUUGUUUUAUUUAUUUAGCGAACCAGACUGAAGAGACAUUCCUUUUUUCUAUGUGAAAACGGCCAGAACAUAUCUGGGAAGGCACUGACCUUGAACGUUUUUGUUGAUCUGAAAUUAUAAAAAAAAAAUUGCUGUGAUUUAUUUGGCGUAACUGAAAAAUUAAUAUUUUAAAUUAAGAUUUAGUUUGUGGUGAUAACGUUGUGUUUUUAGGCUGAUUUAAGCAGAUCAAUGUGAAAUGCAAUAAAUGAAGUUUAGUGUAUUUGUGAUAAUCAUAGUGCUCAAUAAAACAGUGAGUGUCCAUUAGUUUUA